UUCUGGAUCUCUGAGAAGCUUCUUCAGAAGGUUUCCAGCCCCGCGUUCCCCCUGCCUGCUUGGUGUUCACACACAGCUGGAGGUUGUCUCACACACACACCACCACUGGCUGACCUCACCGUGACCCCUCCUCCCCACGACCACCGCCACACCCCCCUGAGCCCCGCCCUCCUCCUCGGAGCAACCAUGGCAUUGUCUUCCCGCUUAAAGCUGUGGGAGCAGAAGAUAAAGGAGGAGAACAAGCCGGCGGCCGCCACCAUCCCUCCACCGCCGCUGUCCGUCCUGCCUGGAGGCAUCCUGAAGCAGCUGGUCAGAGACUCGGAGAAGGAGACCAAACAUAAGGAGCCAGAGGUCAAAGAGGUCAAAGAGGAGAGAACACCGCACAAACUGAGCGACAACCUGGUGCAGCAGUUCCUGGUCCCGGAUCAGACUCCUCCGAUCCUGGAGGCCGAGAUGGCUCUGCGGGCCGAACAGGUCAACAACAGCAAACAGAAACGGUCCGGCUCCGUCCAGUCGGAUGGCGGCCUGCCGUCCCAGCGCCACAUAAUGACUCCGGACUCCGACGGACAGACGCUCUCACCAGAGCCCCCGAAGCAAAACCAACGACAGGAAAAGAAGCAAGAAGUGGCGGGCAGGAAGAAGCUGCAGGCCGAGCCGAACAAGAGGAGGACGGACGACGGGAGGCUGGUGGAAACCAACCAGAACGGGAUCGAGGAGAGACAGGAGCCAGAGGGGAGGCAAGCUGACGCAACCGUGACGGAGCAGAACGGGAAGGAGGUGAGGGACGUGUGGUACGAGGUCGGACCUGUGUGGUUCGUCCACAAGGACGGCUUCACCCGUGCCACUCAGCUGAAGCCGGAUGAAGGAACGCCUGACCUCCCGUCGGGUCGGGUCAGAGUGCGGCUGGAGACGGACGGCUCGCUCCACGACGUCACAGAGUUUGAAGUUGAAAAGUGUAACCCGCCAGAGCUGGACGUGUGUGAGGACCUGAGCGACCUGCAGUGUGUGAAUGAAAGCGGAGUUCUGCACACACUGACCAGUCGCUCCAAAGCCAGCAUGCCCCUCACUCAUUCUGGACCCAACCUGGUCAGCCUGUGGCCCCCGCUGCAGACCCCCAGCAAGACCCUGAAGACGCGGCGGGGGGAGUGUGUGUGGGACGCCCCCCCUGCUCUGGCCACGCUGGUCAAGCGGGUGUAUCUGUCCUUGGUGGGAACCCGGAGGGACCACAGUGUGUGCGCAUUGGGACGCAGCGGCACGGGGAAGACCGCCACCUGCCAGGCGUUCACACACACUCUGCUGAAACGGGCCGGAGCAGCCGGACCGAACAUCAGCGUGGAGCGUGUGAGCGCCAUGUUCUCCAUCCUGAGGUCCUUUGGCUGUGUGAGCUCCCCGCACAGCGACGCCUCAUCUCGGUUCGCCACGGUCUUCUCUCUGGACUUUAACCACGCCGGCCAGGUCUCUGCCGGACACCUGCAGACCAUGAUGCUGGAUAAAUGGACAGUGUGUCAGAAAACUCCAGGAGAAAGCAACUUCCUGGUCUUCUCCCAGAUGCUGGCGGGACUCAGCUCAGAAAUGAGGACAGAACUGCAGCUGCACCAGCUCCCUGAUUCCAACUCUUUUGGUAUCCUUCAUCCUACCAAGGUUGAAGAAAAACAGCGAGCGUCUGUCGCCUUCACCAAGCUGCUGGCUGCCAUGGAAACGCUAAGCUUCUCAGCCGGAGAGCAGAAGGCGAUCUGGCACGUUCUGGCUGCUAUUUACCACCUGGGAGCUGCUGGGGCCUGUAAAGUGGGCCGGAGGCAGUUUGUGAACUUUGACAGCGCUCAGGCAGCCAGCAAAGUCCUGGGGUGUGAGGCGGAGGAGCUGGACACGGCCGUCUUCAAGCAUCACCUGCGACAGCUGCUGCAGAAAGCCACCGGAGUCAGCAGAGAGAGGAACGAGGCCGAGGAGGGUCCCCGUCUAACAGCUGCUCAGUGUGUGGAUGGAAUGGCUGCUGGUCUCUAUGAAGAGCUCUUCACCGCCAUAGUGUCUCUCAUCAACAGAGCUCUGAGCAGCGAGCAGCUAGCGUUAGCCUCUGUGAUGGUGGUGGACGCCCCGGGCCUCAGGAACCCCCGACACUCGGCGGAGGAGCGAGGGGCCAGCUGGUCCGAGCUGUGUCACAAUUACCUGCAGGAGCGGCUGCUGGAGCACUACCACUCACACACCUUCACUCACACACUGGAGAGAUAUGCACAGGAGAGGAUUCAUGUGGCUUUCGAGUGUCCAGACAGCAGUUCUUCAGAGGUAGUGUCCGCCAUCGAUCAGUCGCCUGCGCAGGUCCGGGCAGCAGAUGGAGACCCUCGAGGUCUGCUGUGGGUUCUGGAUGAAGAGAUGGUGACGCCCUCCUCCUGUGAGAGCGCCGCCCUGCAGAGAGUCUGUCAGUAUUACAGCAACACUGUACGUCAGUGUGAGCAGCCGCUGCAGUGUGAGGUGAGCCACCUGACGGGACGGGACCCGGUCCGGUACGACCUCUCAGGAUGGUUCGGUCGGAUCCAGAACAACCCGUCUGCUCUCAAUGCCAUCACUCUGCUCCAAAACUCCACCAUAGGCGUGGUGAAGGCCAUGUUCAGCCCCAGGAUCUCCCUCCCCCGUCUGUGCCGCGGCCUGGCCGGGUUGGAGGGAGGCAGCCAGCGCGCCCUGCAGCGGAACGGAAUCAUCCGGAAAACCUUCAGCGGCGGGAUGGCGGCCAUACGCAGACACUCCCAGUGUAUAGCAGUGAAGCUGCAGGCGGACGCGCUGGUGAACCUGAUCCGCCGAGCCAGGCCGGUGUUCCUGCAGUCUGUCAGCGCAAAAUCGAGCAGCGGCGGUUUGGACGUGCCGGCGCUCAGAGUGCAGCUGCACUCCACCCAGAUCCUGUCGGCCCUGCAGCUCUACCGCACAGGUUAUCCAGAACACAUGACUCUCAGUGACUUCAGGUGCCAUUUCCAGGCUCUCUCUCCUCUGAUUAUGAAGCGUUACGCCUCCAUGUUUGUCAGCCAUGAUGAGAGAAAGGCAGUGGAAGAGCUGCUGGUUGAGCUGGACGUAGAUAAAAACAGCAUCGUGGUCGGAGCCAGCAGGGUGUUUAUGAAGAGAGGUGUGCUACAAUACCUGGAGCAGCAGAGGGAUCAGCAGGUGACCAGGUGGCUGAUUUACCUACAGGCCGCCUGUAAGGGACAUGUGGGACGUCAGAAGUAUCGCAAACUCAAGGUGCAGCAGAUGGCGGUGAGGUGUCUGCAGAGGAACCUGCGGGUUCUGAAGGCCGUAGCCGAAUGGAGCUGGUGGAAACUUUUCUGCAGGCUGCGUCCUCUGCUCGAUGUGAACAUGGACAACGAAAGGCUGAGAGCCAAGGAGGAUGAGGUAUCGGCUCUGAGGCGCCGCCUGGAGAAGUCUGAGAAGGAGAGGAACGAGCUGAGGCAGACAGCAGACAGCCUGGAGACCAAGGUUACCGCUGUGACAUCGGAGCUAAGCGAUGAGCGUUUCCGAGGCGAUGCAGUGGGUCAGGCUCUGGACGUGGAGAGGGCAGAGAGGCUUCGACUCAGCCGGGAGAACAAGGACCUGCUGGCUCGGCUGGACCAGUGUAAGGUUACUAUGGAAACCCUGGAGAAGCAGCUGGAGGAGGAGAAGCAGAAAGCUCAAGUUGCUGCAAGUCAGAGAGGAGCUGCAACAGAGGGCGAGCUGGCCAUGCAGCUGGAGUGCUGCCAGACCGAGGUGGAGUUCGUCCGCAGACGCCUGAAGCAGACGGAGGAGAAGCUGGAGACGGAGAGGCAGAGCAGACAGCAGCUCGACGCCAAGGUGGCAACACUGCAGGCCCAGCUGGAGCAGUCUCGGAGGAGCGCGUCGGAGCUGAAACGCCACUGUCGCAGGGUGACCUCUGACCUCCAGGAUGCCAGAGUACUCAGCGAUGCUCUGCAGAAUCGCAUGCACGAACUGGAGCGCAAACAGAGAAGGUUUGACAGUGAGCUGGCCCAGGCUCUGGAGGAGGCCAACAGUGAGAGAGAGCAGAAGGACAAAGCCUUGCAGGAGAACUCAGCUCUGGGUUCUGAAGUGUUCAGCCUGCGCCGCAGCCUGCAGGAGAGCCAGGCUGAGAUGAGUCGCCUGCAGAAGCAGAAGGAGGAGCUGUGCGCACAGAUCAGAGACCUCAGCCUGCCGGUCGACCUGGCCUCGGACUCGGUGCCUGACAUGAAGAAACAGAUCCGCCUCCUGGAGAGCCAGGCCAGCGAGCGAGCCGAGGAGACGAGCAGACUGUCCGCCCAGAUUCAGCAGCAGCAGCAGAUCCACAUGCGGUUCGAGAUAGAGAUGGAGAGGAUGAAGCAGAUGCAUCAGAAGGAGCUGGAGGACAAAGAAGAAGAGUUGGAGGACGUCCAUAAGUCCUCUCAGAGACGGCUGAAGCAGCUGGAGAUGCAGUUGGAGCAGGAGUACGAGGAGAAGCAGAUGGUGAUUCAUGAGAAGCACGACUUGGAGGGACUCAUAGCGACGUUGUGUGAGCAGGUGGGACACAGAGACUUUGACGUGGAGAGGAAGCUGAGGAGAGACCUGAAGAGAACCCACGCCCUGCUGGCCGACGCCCAGCUGCUCCUCGCCACCCUGGACAGCUCAGGCCAGAGCCGUCCCAACGGCAGCAAAGACCAGAUCGAACGCCUGCACUGCCAGCUGGAGGAGAGUGAGGCGAGGCGGCUGGAGGCGGAGAACACGCAGAAAGCCGUCGCCAUGGAGCUGGAGAACGCCCAGUUGGAACUGGAGAAUAUCUGCAGGCAGAAGAGUGUGGUGGAUGAACAGUUGCUGCUGCUGCAGCAUGAGAAGAUGGAUCUGCUGAAGAGGCUGGAGGAAGACCAGGAAGACCUCAACGAGCUGAUGAAGAAACACAAAGCUCUUAUUGCACAAUCCUCCAGUGACAUCUCUCAGAUCAGAGAGCUGCAGGCUGAGCUGGAGGAGGUGAAGAAACAGAGACGCUCGCUCCAAGAGGAGCUUCAGCAGUGCGUGUCCAGGGUGCAGUUCCUGGAGUCGUCCACUGUGGGGCGCAGCAUAGUCAGCAAACAGGAGGCCCGUGUGUGUGACCUGGAAAACAAGCUGGAGUUUAAGAGGGGUCAAGUCAAGAGGUUUGAGGUCCUGGUGCUGCGUUUGAGGGACAGCGUGGUUCGCCUGGGAGAGGAGCUGGAGCAGAGCGCCCAGGCCGAAGCUCGAGAGAAGGAACACGCCGGAUACUACCAGCAGCGGCUGCAGGAGAUGAGGCUGGAGAUGGACGAGCUGAGCCAGAGGGAGCAGGACAGCAGCCGCCGGCGCAUGGAGCUGGAAAUGCAGGUGGAGGAGCUCUCCACCGUGCGACAGACGUUACAGGCCGACCUGGAGACAUCGAUCCGCCGCAUCGUCGAUCUGCAGGCCGCCCUGGAGGAAGUGGAAUCGAGCGACGAGAGCGAGACCGAAAGCGUUCAAACUGCAGUGGAGUCCUUCACUCGAAAAAAAGACCUUGACUCUGUGUCCAGCGUCGGCUCUGUUGGCUCAAAGGACGUCGGAGAGGGCAUUCGCUCCCGUAGAGGCGGCUCUCCCUUCAGCAGCCAAGAUGGCCGUCAGUCUGUCACUGACACCAUGAGCACCUACAGCUUCCGUUCUUGUUUGGACCCUGACGAUGAGGGCUCUGAGGCCGGCGGUGUUGGUGGCGCUGGCGGUGCCAGACAUCUCAGCCGGGCUCCGUCCUCCUCGGCGCUGUCCGAGCUGCUGGAUGGACUCCGGAAACGCAGGGCGAGCACAGAGGUGGCGGACGGGGCUGGCAGCGCCGUGUCCCUUCCCAUUUACCAAACCACCGGAGCCUCCACUCUCAGGCGGAGGUCAUCGGCUCUUUCCCUCGGUCCGGCGGAUGUCCAGGAGCUCCGGCCUGGCCCUGGCAUCCUGAAACCGCCGUCCCCUCUGCUGCCGCGCGCUGCCAGCUCUCGCUCCGUCGCCGACUCAGAAAAGCUCCCUCGCUUCAACUCGAGCGGCUCGGCCUCCUCGCUCCCGUCCCUGCCUCGCCUCUCCUCUCUGUCUUCUUCUCUUGCCGCCCGCCAUCCUCCUCCGCCCCUGUCCAUCCCCGAGGAGGACCAAGACGAGCCCCUGCACUCGGCGGCCGCUCCCUUCCAACGCUCCCCACAGCCGCUGCGGCGGUGCAUGCUGGAGAGCGUCGCGGCUGCUACAGACGGAGGCGAGGGGUCCCUGGUGUCGGAACCCAUGGUCUUCCAAAACCGGCGUCUGACCGGCGGCUGCGACGACGCUGCCUCAGACAUCCUGCCCGCCAUCCGCAGGGCCCAGUCCACCAGCAGCCUGGCCAGCUCUAUCAGAGGAACCAGGAGGGCGCUGAGCGUCCACUUCGGAGAGCUGCCCCCAUCCACACGCAGCAGGAAGAGCUCUGAGACGGAGUCGUCCAGUUCAGGCGGGUCAGGGGGAAGCUCCCAGGGCAGCGGGCCGCGGCGGAGGCUGGAGCGACCGCAGGGACAGAGACUGGAGGCGGAGGGGAGCGAGGGGGGAGACGUGGCUUCAGUCAUGAAGAAGUACCUGAGGAAGGAGGUCGACUAAUGCAGGCCAGCCUCCUCGUGUGUUGGCUUCCAGCUGUGAGCUUCAAAGAGACUUGCAGACCACAGGAUGCUGAAUGAAAUGCUUUGGAAGUCGACGCUGAUGCUUUGGACUCGUCAUCCGAAUAUUAAAGCCACAGGGAAAACAAAAAAACAAAAAAAACACGCUCUCUGUAUUUUCAAAUAUGUUCUGUUUGUAUAUGAUUAAAAAUGAAUGAAUAAUUUU